CCUCUUCCUCUAUGAUAUACUGACGUGAAUACAGAAUGAUCUACACUUUCACAUUUGGGGCCCCUUGAGGCCAACACAGAGCUGUUAACGCUUAAGAAUACACACUGCACUAAUCCGAGUGGUGUGUUCUGUGCUAAGUGAGUGAGUUUGCGGUGUAGCCCAGAAUGCUGUUCACUCCCCAGUGCUUGAGUGUCUUGCCAGUAAGUCAGCGAGGGAGCUGGUGAUACGCGCAAAAGUAUCUCUGAUCGUUCGUGGUCGCGGACGCUGAAAGCGGCGUGCGAUUCCGAUUGAUUCUGCGGGUAGGGAAGGCAGUCGCGAUCGUUGUGCCCACCGAGGAAGAUUCACUCUUUUGUUUAUUUGCUCUCGCCACUUUUCUGCGUACUUCCAAAAAGACACUUCUGUGUGGUGCUCUUUCGGGUGACUCUGGUGGAAUGCCGCGCAACAAGCGUCGUCGCAGCAAUAAUAGACGCAGGGCGCCGAGAGAGGUGCAGAAUUCGCGAGAAGGUGACGAAUUGUGCGAAAAAGUGGCGUCCGAUGAUGGCAUACAGCCAAGUGAGGAGGAUGGCCCCAAUGCGGUCGGUGAUGAAGGUGUGAGUGCGGCUGAAAGUGAAAUUUCUUUGCAUACAGAUGAGGAGGAUGGGGCCAAGGGUGGGACAGAUAGUGUGCUGUGCGAUGAUAAGGAAAUCCCCAGUGAUAAAGUAAUCCACGAAAACAGUGAAGCUACUCAGUGUGAUGCGACGUCAUCAGCUCAAGGGCAAUGCGAUGAGGUGAGCGAUGAUCAUCAAUCACAGACAGAUGAUAAAAUGCCGCCAAACUACAGGGUGGAAUCACCCAGCAUUUCAUCUUCGGGUGGAGUUAUCCGAAAAUGCCAUAGUUUGGGGGAAACUAAUGUGCAGAUUCAGGAAUUGAGCAGUGGUGGGAGUUCCUUAGUGAACUCCUUCGACAAUCCUGGCAAUGUGUCAGAACCUGAAUCAUCAGAGCUUGAAGAGGAUCCUUUUCAGGAUCCAUCAACUCCUACCAACGAAGAUCCCGGUGUUCAAGAUGAAUCAAAGGAUCUGACACGUGAUCAAGAAGCUAAAAUUAAUGAUCUCAUAUUUUCAUUCAUGGAGUCAGCACCGUCCAGGGAGAAAUCCCCUCCGGAUCCACUAGCUCAAAAACGGGCCGAAAAAACACGCAAAAGAGCAGCCAUUGAAAGCCACUUUGCACCACAAAUACUGAAUCCACGACUCUUGGACAGUAUUAGGGAGGAAUCUAGUGAUACCGAUGGAGCAAGUGAUCGUCUUUUUGUAGAUAAUAAUCCUCAACCUGAAGAGGAGGACAUGUUUAAUGAAGAAGAUGAUGAUGUUUUCAUUGACAACGCUAAAAUUACAAAAAAGGCUAAUGCGGUUUUCCCUAGAGGAAUAACUUUAGACCUUUCCACUAGGCGAAAGCAUAUCUCAGCUUUACGUAAACCCACAUCGGGGAUUAUCCGGGAAGAACCUGUGUGUAUGUUAGUCGAUACUAAGAUUAUAGAACCCGAAUCAAUUCCAGGAAGUUCUACUUCCUGGGAAACCACAAAAACAGAUGAAAUACAGGGGGCUGAGGUGGUAUAUCUCGAAUCCGGCUCAAGUAGUGCCAGUGAACUGGACUACUCUGCCGAUGGUGAUGUUGAAGAUUCCGUAACUGAGGAUAUUGAUAUCCGAAUAGAUACUCCUGUGAUUGAACCUGAAGUUCCUGCUGUUGUGUCAACUACUGUAGACAGUCAGUCGUGCAAGAGCCCAAUCAAUAAUCACCCUCCCUCACCUGAACCACUCCCAAAUCCCGAUGAAUGUGAUAUACCCGAUACACCCGAAUUCAAUCGACAAGACUCUUCCGGGAGUGUUUCAUCACAAACACACAGUACAUCAUCACACAGCCAGUGUACAGCUCGAUAUAUGGCCUCAUCAUUAACGGAUAUUGAGGGGGAUUUUGAAUCUUCCGCUAUUGCAGGUGCUCCAGAAUCACCCUGUGAUUACCAAUCAGACAUGGCACCCAAAUCCCUACGACAACAAUGCAUUGAUCGACUCUCAACCAUGCCAUAUGGGGAAGUGAUACUGAAGGAAUUGGCUGAUGUAUCUCAGAAUAUCUCGAACCUACUGACACAGGCUCGUGCCGUAAGUACAUCAACCCCACCGCCUCCUGUUCCAGCCCUGCCUGCUCGAGAACUACUCAUUGAUGUGCUGGAUCCAUUACAGGACCAUCACUUCUACUCAUCUGAUCCUCAGCUUGCACAAAUGGAAACACCACCACCCGUGCCCGAAAGGCCCGCAACAGAGUACCCAAGUGCGGCCCAUGGGGCGGUGCAUCGCCAUGGAUCGCGACCGACAGACACGAUCGCAUGCGCCAUCAAGGACGACAACAGAUUGUUGGCAAUCAUCCGAGAGUCUGAGCACGAGCACCAGCAGUCCGAAACAGUGUCCGUCGAUUCACAGUCCAGCGAGACAAAUCCGCAAGCGCGUGACGUCACAAUGGUACACGAUCCUCGUGAGUUUGACAAUAUGUUUGAAGCAAUUGCAAAGAGGUUCUCGAACUAUGAACUGGGUCACGGUGGGGCUCAACACGCCACAACAACAAAACGCUACUCAAACAUCGAAACAAAAUCCUAUGAGUCCCAUCGGAGAACGCAAGACGGCCAGGUGGUACAUGAAGAAACCAAGAGACACAGUGAAAAGAUCACGGAUGAUAAUGGGGACGUGAGCAAGAGUGUAGAGAGUGAAAGUUGCGUGAAGCCACAGAAAGUGGACGGCAAGGUCGGAUCGGUGAGUGUGAAUCGCGAAAUCGACGAAAAUAGCAAAGGGGGAUGUCUUAAUCGAGAUUCAGGGACGACUAAAAUAUUCGGUGAUGACUUUCUUCGUGUGACGCGGCGUGAGAAAGUGGAUGACAAUUUUGAUUUUAGCACCGUGCCGCGACGACCAAAUCGGAUCGCGCUAAAUGACAAUCGACACAGUGAGGAAUUUGGGCGGCACAGGGCGUGGGAGUCGCGUAGCAAUUUAAGUGUGGUGGAUGAGUGUCCGGAGAAUGUGACACGUCCUCUGGCACGAGAAGAUAAUCUCUGCCGUGGUCAGAGAUCAACGACGGAAAUAAAAGCUCCCCGGCUCAGUGAUCUGGACACGAAUGUACCCGAUUUCUCCCACCAUUUUGACUCGCUGCAGAACAAAGUGACGCAGCGUCGAUCAAUGAUCGACACCACUCCGAUCACGCGACAUGUCGGACAAAAUGGCACCCAGAGGCGUCUCUCACUUCCAAAAGAUUUCCAUGAGAAACAACUCCAGUAUAUCCGCCAGAAGGAAGCUGAACUUCAGGCGGAAUUUGAGAAACUGGAACUGGACAGAAAGCGUCUCGAAGAGGAAAUCACCACCAUGAGAGCUAGUACCAUAAGGGAUGAAAGUCAAACAAAGCGAUCAAGUCUGCUAUCAGAAGAAGAAAUGUUUAGGCAACAAAUGCAUUCUGAAUGGUUGGAUAAAGUGGCUGAGAGAGAGGAGAGACGUCUCCAGAAAAUCAUAAAAAUCACAAAACCCACAGAAGAAGUUCCACAACCGCCCAAAUCUCUUCCUGUUGACAUUGAAAACGAAUUUUUGCGAAAAGUGAAGGAGAGACGAACUAAACUUUCAAUGCCGGCUGACAGUGAUUGGGAGAGUGGAGCUGAAUCCCAGCCACAGGCACGGGAUCCUUCAAAGGAACCAAAGGUGCACAAUAUCGAAGUGAAAGUGAUUGAUGGCGAAAAAGAAGCCAGUAUCAAGAAAUUGCCGAAGCAUUUGCAGGAAUUUGCAGAGUCUUUCACAACGGUCACAUCACAUGGCAUCUGGUCACCCGCAAAUAAGUCUGAACCCAAUGUGUCGGAGAGUCAACCAAAGUCACCAGAAUCAUCAGAUGGGGCAAUUCCACUUCCUCCGCCUCCGCCUGUGUGGACACCACGCAGUGCUGGACCAUCUCCUCAACUGGGCGGCCGGAAAGUCGAAUUCCGACCCGUUCCCUUUGAGUCACCCACCCUCACGCGACGACGCUUCACCAGAAACCCCUCAGAGCCAUCAUCACCACCUGUACAACCACCUUGGGCGCAUCCAGGCUUCGAGAAGCCACCGGAGAUUCCAGCAUCGCCCACCAAUUCAGUACAGCGUCUCGUGCAGUCUUUCUCAGCACCGGGACUCAAUCAUCUUGGCACCACACAACUACCCCGUUCACAGAAUCCCACGGUGACCCUCCUGCAGAAGGCGAGAGAGGAGCGCUCUUCGAAAGUCAGCCAGGCGGACACGAGAGCCAAACCCAAUGAAAUAAUCCAUCCCAUCAAGCAGGAGUACUCGAGCACAGAGUCCGGCUGUGACUACGGGAAAAACACCAUGACAGAGGUAGCGCCCAGACAGUUUGAGAGUGUCGGUCAAACGCCAAGGGAGGGUAUGCCCCUCGUUCUUAGAUCGGAGAUUCGAGAUGACAAUCAGUCAAAAUGGUACAAAAAAGUCUACAAUACAAUUCACAAAGCCAAAGAUGACGAUGAAUAUGUGACAGUCCGCUACAAAACUCGGCGAGGCCGGUAUCCAUACAAGGCUAAUGGUUAUAUGUCUGAGCCAGAGCCCAACUAUGAUUCUGACUAUUCAUUCAAAUACAGUACCCUGGAUCGAAGACGUACUCCAUCAGCCGGAAGUCAAUACGAUGACAGUCGGACGUAUGGAACAAUGCCAAAUCCCAUUCGUUCAGGACACACCUCGUAUCGCAAUCAGCCGGGAAGGAUUGAAAACUACAUACCAGGACGUUCUUCCGUGUCUGAGAGAGAGACAAGAGAAUGGUGGGACGAGGUUAUGGAUAUCUUUGAUGGGCAUUUGGAGCAACAACGCAUGGCAAACAACUACAGUCAAGGAUAUUUAUCGAGGGCACUUAAGGAGCAAGGAUAUGAGAGUGACUCGUCUCUAGUGUUCAGGAAACGUGAUGAUGCCACCUUACCACCCCUCAGUCCGGUUGAACAGAAGCAGGCUUAUAAGAACGUUCAGGCAGGGGGUGAACCACCACUCCAGGGAUUCCGAAAGCCGGCGCCUGAGAAACCAAAGGAUGAGGCGGAACCGGAAAUUGAGUACAUUCCCAUCACGUCGACCCUCACUAAAAUACGCGUCCACCGUAAAGUCCCACCGCCAAAAACUAGAGAAAUCGUUUGUUAUCCCAUCACCAGCAUUACCAGGCCCAUUGACAUGUUCGGAGCUUUUCCCAAGGAAGUGAAAUCAUUUGUACCCACAGUACCACCAGCACCGCCAAGUCGAAAGUCCAGCAAAAUCAAUUCUACGUUAAAGCUCUUUUCAGAGACCAAGGUUACCUCACCAAGAAGUCAUCAUGAAGCAUGCUUUACGUCUUCUACGACAACAACAAAAGCCGGAAGAUCAAAAUCUGCCACAGCUACAUACUCAGCCUCAUCGAUCAAGGAUGAAAAGAACCUCACAAACAGUACUCGUAUCCAAGCCAAUAAGCAAGUCACUCGAACGUAUUCCGCGGCCAUGUCACCUAGAUCUCAUUCAGCUGAGAUUAGGAGAUCAAGUCCAAGUCCUGUAGCUUUUGGUAGAAGUAUCUCCAAAGAGAGAACCUUUGCUGAGGAGAAGAAACGCCUGGAAGAGGCACUACCGCAAUGUCGCAAGCUAAGGGCUGUGACAACCCGAAUUCUCAGAAAAAGUGACGUUAAGUCACCAGAUGAAGUGAAAAAAGCCAUCCAUAACACUUUUCGAAUACCCACCGUCAAAGACAAGCCUGGUGCUACCAUCCAGUCCGGUCGAAAUGGAAAAACUAAAUUUGGAAGUGGAGGAGGUGUUACAAAAUCUACGAGCCAUAUCGCAUCCAGUCGUAGUGUCACACAGAGAGGAGGAACAGAGAAAUUCUCUCGUACUACCGUCCCUGUAUCAUCUGGGAGCAAGGCGGUUCAUAAGACUUCCACUAGCACUCGAAGUCGGCCAGUGGGAAAAGUCGUAGUACCAGUAGUUACAACUAAAUCACUCAAAUCAUCCUCUACGUUGAAAUCAACUAAAACCACAGGAAAAUCAACAUCUAAUCUAAGUUUGGCUCGAACAAGUUCAACCUAUUCGAUUGAUUCGACAAAUUCGAAACGAAGGGCUCCAACACGCCCUACGACUAUUACGAGAUAUCCUAUUAAUGGGAAAAAGCAAAAGAAAAAAGAACUCAAAAAGAAAGAUGAGGACAUAAAUUUACGACAUGUUGAGAGUGAAAUAGUAAGGUUUGAAGAAGACCUUAAGGAUGAGAUUGAAAAGAAACACAGGGAGCUAAGAGAUUCCGUCAAUAGAUCUAUAAGACAACACUCUGAUGCCAUAAAAACAGACACUUUCUUUCAAAAUCUAUUCCUUCGUGAUUUUACUCGGGAUCUACCUUCACUACCUAUUCGAUCAUCCAGUGUAUUAGACAAGGUUCGUUUAUGGAAUACCUUGACAAGUAAAUCCGAACCAUCUCUUCGUACACCAAACACCUAUUUGAUCCAGAAACGUCCAGUGACUUCUUCAAAAUUUAAAGUCCUAGAACGCGAACACUUUCGUCAAUCCAGGAGCCUCAGUCCAGUGAGAAUUUUCCGCCCAGGUCGUUUAGCUUAUGAGCACAUCAGUAAAUUUGAUUCAUUCUACCAACUAUCUGACGAGGAAGAAGAAUUUGGUAGCCUCACUGAAUUCAAUUACAGCUAUCAAGAAAGAAGUCGUAGUGAACCCCCUGGAAAUACUGUACUCACUGAGAUUGUCCGUCCUAAUUCCCCUGUGGUCAUCCAUGGAAGGCGUAGUGUUACGGAUUACCGUGAAUCAUCACGGAGCAGUACUAGAUCGCCAUCAUGUCGUCGUAUACAGAGUUUUAAAUCAACAACCCAGCAGACUUCAACGGAAAAGAAUCCCAAAAUAGUAGCACGUGCAAGAAGUCUCAAUAGCGCAGACCGUGAUCAAGCCAGAAGAAAUUUCUUAAAUGAACAAUUGUCUCACAGUUCUAGUUCUUUAAAUACCCUUGAAAAGCACUCUCCUGUCUGUAAUCAUAGCAAAUCUGAACGUUUUAAAGAACUCAAUAGAUUUUACUCGAACCUUGAGAGAGUGGGCCAGUUAGAGAGGGCUACUUCGUCGUCAGAUCUCAGACCUAUUCGUAGACAAGAAGAGAUAAUUGAUUUUGAUUUGUGGAAAAAGAUUCGUGCUCAUGAGAAGGCAGAAAAAGAACUUAACUUUCUUGUUGGUAAGCUGAAGCAAGAACAGAAAGAGAGGGAUCUACUUUUUCGUCCCAAAGACGUUGAAGAACUUCGUUGGAAUCAAAAUAUAGAACCUGGUUUGAGAAUCAAAGAAAAGUCUGUUGAAGAUCUCAGGGAGAUGUUCCAACAAAAGGCUACAGAAACGUUUCCGGAUGAAGACAAAAAACAGGAGAUUGAAUCAAACAAAGACACAUACAAACCCUUUUGGCGUGGUAAUUCGGUUAUAGAUCUUGCUACUAAUAUGGUGGUCAAGUACAAUCCACAAGGGAUUAGAAGACUACCAAAACGAGAAGAACUACGGGAGGAGAAAUGCUUUGGGCUCAGUUGUAGGCUUGUAAGCACACUUAGUAAAGACCAAGUGGCAAAGCUCAAACAUCAAUUAAAUGAAAUUUACAGCUCUGGUCCCGGUGGUGAGGCAGGAAAGAAGGAAAGCAAAUAUGAAGAGAUCUCCGAGAAAUAUGUCGUGACUGUUCCAUCAACCCCUCAUGCAGUGGAAAAGAAAUCAACUCCCUUAACUGUUCGUAGUCAUUCACUAGUGUCCCGUGAGGAACUUCUCACUCCUGUUCUAAAGCGUCAUCAAGCUCGAUUGGCUUUAGACAAAGCCGAGUCCAUAAGCUCUAUCAAUGAGGAUAAAGUUUCGAAAGUAGUUCAUAAAUUUGAGAACGUCCUUACCCGGUCUACAGAUCAAGCUCAUAUGACAGAAGUAGAGAAAAAACGCUUAUCGGCAUCACUUUGCCAUGAGAUCAAGGACCUUGUAGCUCAACGUCGUGAAAGGAAGAAUUCACCAUCAGUAAUUGGUGGAAAAGAAACUCGGGGAGCAAUUGCAGCAGAAAGUGCUAAGGAAUCACUCCCAGGAAGACCCUACUACUCCCUUGAACUUACAGAAACUGUCCAAUCAACUUCUGAGGGAGAUAAACUCAAAUCCAUCUCAAAAGUCCAAACUAAAUCCCUUCGUUCUUGUGAUAAGAAGACAAUCCAACAAAUUGUAGUGAAGGAAGCAUCCCAGCGUCCAGCUUCAAAGUGUGAAACAGAAAGUGGUUCUUCGGAAGCUUCCAACAGGACUGUUAUCUAUCGUUCUGGUGAUGCAAUUAAGGAAAAAAUUCAAUAUUUUGAAGAAAAGGAGCAGAAUGACAAUUCACUUGGUAGUACAAUUUACCAUGCAAGAGAAGAUUCCUCACCUGACGAAGAAGAGGUCAUGAAAAUUGUUGAACAGAAAGUAAAACAAAGACGUGCAGAAGCAGAGAAAAAACUCCAACAGGAGAUGAAAGCUUCUCAGUCGUUUACGGAUUUGAGGGAAAUAUUCGGCGAGAAGACAUCGGUGGUCAGUAACUACACAUGCAAGAAGUCCAGAUCGGUAUCCCCAGCAAAGUCUCCUACUAAAUUACGAACUACUUCACCGGAAAAAUCACUCUCUAAUACCGUUAGUAUUGAGAGUGUAUCACUGAGAUCAAGAAGUGAAUCUCCAGAUUAUGGAGAUGGCCUGUACCGCUCGUAUCUCAAUAUGAUCAAUACUGGAGAUGUUCAGAGAAUGAAACACAAGUUUGAAAGCCUCAGCAUCAGUCCAUCACCAGUUACAGGGGCUCCUCGAAAGCCUAGGAGAUUUCGCAGUGAUCCAGAUCUAUCGAAGUCUUUUUUAGGGGAGCGGGGCGCAAGCCCCGUCAAAACUACGGUCCGAGAUCAUGAAAUGGGUGAUGUUUCAUGGAUUACUCACAAAUUUGAGACAAAAAACGCUGCAGCAUUUGCAGAAAGAAGUCGCAGUCGUACUCGAAGAACCUCUUCCCCUAUUCAAAAAGUGGCUUUUAGAAAGGAUGAUCGUCGUUUUAUGCCUCAUAUAGACAUCAUCAGUAAGACAGCAUCUCUGAAGCGGGAAAUAUCUCGUACAAGUCCUCAAAGGGGUAGCAGUCCAACUGAUGUCUCAAUUCGAUCUGGUGAAGUUGAAAAAAUUCGACACAAAUUCGAAGAAAAUCAGAACAUGUCAAUACUCGGUCAAAUGUACACUUCAGCUCCGGACAUCACAGAACUCAAGGAUAUAUCUUCGUACUUAACGGGUCCGUGGGUUGCACAUCGUUUUCCAAAGCCACAGGAUAAUGCUAGAUCGAUCUACGGCAAGCAGAAACUUACACUAGAUGGAGUAUCACUGAAACGACGUGAUCCAAGACCAAGUUCAACCUCUCCACCGCGUACUAAAUCUUUAGCUGCCAAGAUUCUUCGACCCUUUUACGAUGCAUUCGCGGAUCAGAAGUUUGAUCCGUCAAUUCAUAGACCCAAGUCACGCUACGUGCCCGACAUGAAGCGCGAAGCUGAGGUGCUCUGGGAGAAAAUUCACGGAAGCGUCCGCAAACCAACGGUGAAAUUUCAAGAAAAUGCUGUAGUUCCUCCACCUCCACCCAUUAAAGGAGUCCCAUUGAAUGGCAAUCUUCAGAGUCCAGAAUCACCGCGUCGAUAUGUGGAAUCAGACGUCAAUAUCCACUAUCGCAGUCCUAUUCGGUAUGAGUACAAGGAUCCUAUCCCAGAAGCUGAACUGGCGAGGCGUCAGGCGGAAGCUAUGAAGAGACUCUAUGAAGAACAAAGACGCCGAAAAUACCUACAGGAGCUCCAGGACAUGAGCAAUCGACGUCAUACAGACCUGCAUCCUAAUCAGAAGUCUCCAAUUGCACUGGAUAGGUACGAUGAUUUCGGUGAUGAUGACUACAACAAACAACUCCUACCCAGAACAGUUGCCAGAGCAUUGUAUAACUUCCAAGGACAAUCAGCAAAGGAACUGUCCUUCAAAAAGGGCGACAUCAUCUACGUUAGACGCCAGAUCGACCAGAAUUGGUAUGAGGGAGAACAUAAUGCUAUGCUAGGACUCUUUCCAUCGAGUUAUGUGGAGAUAAUUUCCAAAGAUGGUGUUCGAUGCCCACCAAAGCCCAAGCCUGCAGAAGGUCAAGCGAGAGCCAAGUAUAACUUCAAUGCGCAGAGUUCGAUUGAAUUGUCACUGAACAAGGGUGAACUGGUGAAACUUACAAGACGCGUCGAUGAUAACUGGUUCGAGGGCAGAAUUGCCAAUCGAAAGGGUAUAUUUCCUGUGGCUUAUGUGGAAGUUCUCACAGACAUUGGCACUGAUGAUGCACACAUGACUUUGGCCAAGCCUGUGGGCUCACCGGCUGCACACUCCCUCAUCACGCCCCCGCAAGAAGUAUCACCGUACACGCGCGAGACGCGCUUUGAACUGGAGGCGCCGGUUGUAGGUGAGAAUGGAGUCAUUCGAGAGAUGAAGUCAGUGAAGAAGACAGAGGUUCUGCACGUAGACACCAACUCAGAUCCAAUACCAUACCGAGCUUUGUACAAAUACAAACCGCAGAAUCCUGAUGAGAUGGAGAUGGAUGAAGGUGACAUUGUUUAUGUCCUGGAGAAAUGCGAUGAUGGGUGGUUUGUAGGAACAUCUCAGAGAACAGGAUGCUUCGGAACUUUUCCGGGAAACUAUGUCGUAAAAUUAACAAUUUAUCCAAAUUUUGACGUUUGAGAAAGUUACAGUAAAACAAUAUUCUAAAAAUAUAACAAGAAAGAGAUGUUAGAGGGUGCAUUCUCCAGAUAUUAAAAAUAUAAAAAUAGAAAAAACUGAAGCUUUCAACUUUAAAGUGCUAAAAAUUCAACGGAAAAAUUAAUUAAAAACCCCUUCAAAUAUGAUAAAUAUUGAAUUAAAUGUGCCUUUAGAUGAGGGAAACUCCAUUUACAUUGAAACUCAAUAGUUCAUAGAUAAUACAAAAAAAAUAUUGAUGAGUAAUAAUUUUGCAAAAUACUUAUGAAUAAAAAAAAUAAUAAUUGCCACAGUUUUUUCACGUAACUUCCAUAAGAUAUUGUUCAUAAAUCGAACAUUUUUCACACUAUAUUGUCAACUUAUGUUUUUUAAAUUCACAUUUAAAAGAAAAGGAAAUUUUUAGCAAAUUUACAAAAAGUCUUUUACUAAUAAAUGAUUAAAACAUUGUAUCUUAAUUGUAUUGAAAUUUGUCAAAAGGAAUUGUAACACAUUUUAUUCACAGUGAAAAUAAAUUGUACUUGAAAUUGAAUGAAA